AUGCUAACAAUUGUCCCUAACAAAAGCGUUGGAAACUUCCAAUUGGGCUCCAGUAUUACGCAGAUAACAAAAAUUCUCCAACGCGAGAAGGAGUUCAACAACACCAAUUUCAUCUUCUCUCAAUCGCAGCCAAAUAGACUGCCUAUCGUUAUCGAGUUGGAGAACAGAGGUAUUCGUCUUACCUUUGACCCAUUCGGCCAAAAAUUGAUACUGAUCCAGAUCCUGAUGAAUAAAACGAAACAAAGAUACCAAUUCAAGGGCAAAGUUCUUCCGGAAGAUCUGUAUUUCAAAGAAGUCUACAACAGGAUCUUUGGACCCACCUAUCCUGGUACCAUCUAUAAUCCCUCUUCAGAGAACAACUCGGAGGGUCACGAUGGAGAGGAGUCACAGAAACAGUGUCAAUUGGGGCCUCAGUAUACUCUGUCAUAUGAAGGGAUUUGUUUCCAGUUCAAUCUUUCACCCGAAUUGAGUCAAAAACUAACAUCCUCUGAUGACAACGAGGUGGCCAUCCAAAACGUAGAUGAGCCUCUUCUUUGUCAGGGAAUAAACAUAUUUCAGGGAAAGACAUGGGCAGAAUAUCUUGAGGGUACUGCAUUCAUGUUGCGACAAAAGUUGACGGAAGAACUUUUAACUCAGGAGAUAGCUAAACUUUCUUCUGGAUUUUCUAUCAUCUAUGCAUUAAUAGGUCCCGGCGAGGUUGAAUUCAAGCUCAGUCAGCAUCCAAGAGGGCUUUCGAGUUUCAAAAUAGUGUUAACCAAAACAGAAAUGAGUGCUGUGGUAGAAACUUUUGGGCCACCGGACGAUUCUGUUCUGAAAGAAGACAAAGACCAGUGGAAAAAAAUUCACAACUAUUUCAGAUACGGCUUUGAUGUCUUCUACGAUGUUGGCAAACCAUUAGCACCUGUGCAAAAAAUUGUCAUUCACAAUAAUGUCGUUACUUCCUAUGAGUUCUUGAAAUACGAGAAAUUAACGUGGUUCAUGUAUAACCAAGUAAAUCAGCAGCUCAUAUGCGACUGUCACACGGAGAAACAUAAUCUUCCUUUCAGGUAUGAUUCUGCUAAUGAUGGUGAUCAAAUUUACCACGAUCACACCCACUCCGAUCAUAAUCAUCAGGCGAAGUUAGGUGGGUAUCAAAAUAAUCAUGCCUCAUUGAAUCAGAUUAAAAAGAAGGAUCAUAUAAUCCUCAACCGCAAAGAGUAUGGAUUGGACUUUUCAGACCAGAAUAGCUCCAGAUUUGAGCUAGUGGAUUAUGAUGAUCAAUUGGAGUGCCAGAUGAACUCAAAUAUGGAACCCACCGGUAACGAUUGGGGACUGAGUAAAUUGUUUGGAUACAAUCGGUACGUAUUUGAGAUUCUGGUUGAUAGUGGAGUUAUGAGCAGUAUCACAUUGUUCUAA